GGGCCGCGCGGGCCCUUUAAGAACAGCGGGACCGGCGAGCAGUAGCUGGGAGCAGAGCGCAGUCGCCCGGCGGGCUCGGGAGGACACAGCGCCCGGGACCGGGCUCCGGGAACCGGGUGUGCGCAGCCCAGCCGAGUCGGGGCGCGCCCCCCUCGCCCCUCCCCAUCCUUGUCAUCUCUCGGCGGACUGGGGCCGGGGCCCUCCCCAGUCGCCCGCCCCGCCCCGGCCCCGCCCCGGCCCGCGCCGCCGGGACCGGGAGCCGGGCCGCGGUGCCGCAGCCGGAGGCAGGUGAGAAGGGCCCGGAGUCUCCAUCCCCGGCCCGCGGCAGCGCCAAGCUUCUCGGUCCGCACCGGCCCGGGGGCGCAUCAAGGCCCUCUCCCUGCAGGCCGGCGGCGUGAUGGCGGAGAAGGCGCUGGAGGCCGUGGGCUGUGGACUAGGACCCGGGGCCGUGGCCAUGGCCGUGGCGCUGGAGGACGGGGCGGAGCCCCCGAUGCUGACCACGCACCUGAAGAAGGUGGAGAACCACAUCACCGAAGCCCAGCGCUUCUCACACCUACCCAAGCGCUCAGCGGUGGACAUCGAGUUCGUGGAGCUGUCCUACUCCGUGCGGGAGGGGCCCUGCUGGCGCAAACGGGGUUAUAAGACCCUCCUCAAGUGCCUGUCGGGUAAAUUCUGCCGCCGGGAGCUGAUCGGCAUCAUGGGCCCCUCGGGGGCUGGCAAGUCCACAUUCAUGAACAUCCUGGCAGGGUACAGGGAGUCUGGCAUGAAGGGGCAGAUCCUGGUCAACGGGAGGCCGCGGGAACUGAGGACCUUCCGCAAGAUGUCCUGUUACAUCAUGCAGGAAGACAUGCUGCUCCCACACCUGACGGUGUUGGAAGCCAUGAUGGUCUCUGCUAACCUGAAGCUGAGUGAGAAGCAAGAGGUGAAGAAGGAACUGGUGACGGAGAUCCUGACAGCACUGGGCCUGAUGUCCUGCUCCCACACGAGGACGGCCCUGCUCUCCGGUGGGCAGAGGAAGCGUCUGGCCAUCGCCCUGGAGCUGGUCAACAACCCGCCGGUCAUGUUCUUUGACGAACCCACCAGUGGUCUGGACAGCGCCUCCUGUUUCCAAGUGGUGUCCCUCAUGAAGUCCCUGGCCCAGGGGGGCCGUACCAUCAUCUGCACCAUCCACCAGCCCAGUGCCAAGCUCUUUGAGAUGUUUGACAAGCUCUACAUCCUGAGCCAGGGUCAGUGCAUCUUCAAGGGCGUGGUCACCAACCUGAUCCCCUACCUGAAGGGGCUCGGCUUGCACUGCCCCACUUACCACAACCCGGCUGAUUUCAUCAUCGAAGUGGCCUCUGGAGAGUACGGAGACCUCAACCCCAUGCUGUUCAGGGCUGUGCAGAAUGGGCUCUGUACCAUGGCUGAGAAGAAGAGCAUCCCAGAGAAGAAUGAGGUCCCCACCCCUUGCCCCCCUUGCCCUCAGGAAGUGGAUCCCAUCGAAAGCCACACCUUUGCCACCAGCACCCUUACACAGUUCUGCAUCCUUUUCAAGAGGACCUUCUUGUCCAUCCUCAGGGACACGGUCCUGACCCACCUGCGGUUUGUGUCCCACGUGGUAAUCGGCGUGCUCAUUGGUCUCCUUUACCUGCACAUUGGUAACGAUGCCAGCAAGGUCUUCAACAACACCGGCUGCCUCUUCUUCUCCAUGCUGUUUCUCAUGUUUGCUGCCCUUAUGCCAACUGUGCUCACCUUCCCCUUAGAGAUGGCAGUCUUCAUGAGGGAGCAUCUCAACUACUGGUACAGCCUCAAAGCAUAUUAUCUGGCCAAGACCAUGGCCGACGUGCCCUUUCAGGUGGUGUGCCCGGUGGUAUACUGCAGCAUUAUGUACUGGAUGACAGGCCAGCCAGCUGAAACCAGUCGCUUCCUGCUCUUCUCAGCCCUGGCCACUGCCACCGCCUUGGUGGCCCAGUCUUUGGGGCUGCUGAUUGGAGCCGCCUCCAAUUCCCUACAGGUGGCCACCUUUGUGGGCCCAGUUACCGCCAUCCCUGUCCUCUUGUUCUCCGGUUUCUUUGUCAGCUUCAAGACCAUCCCCACUUACCUGCAAUGGAGCUCCUACCUCUCCUAUGUCAGGUAUGGCUUUGAGGGUGUGAUUCUGACCAUCUAUGGCAUGGAUCGAGAAGAUCUGACCUGCCUGGAGGAGCACUGCCCUUUCCAGAAUCCACAGAGUAUCCUCCGAGCGUUGGAUGUGGAGGACGCCAAGCUCUACAUGGACUUCUUGGUCUUGGGCAUCUUCUUCCUGGCCUUGCGGCUGCUGGCGUACCUUGUGCUCCGUUACCGGGUCAAGUCAGAGAGAUAGAGCCUUGCCCUGGCCUGCGCCCCAGCCCCCGCAGCGGGAGCCCCCAGCCCCAGCCCUCUGGGACUGUUUUAACCUCGUAGACUUUGGCACUGGUUGCUGGUGCAGCCAUCCUCCCCUCUCUCAGCUGCUCCACAGGCUGGCUGCUGGACUGCGCUCCCGGCCGUGGCCGUGGCAACCGGGGCUCCAGCCCUCCCCGCCAUGCCCAGGAGUCUUCCCCAGUUGAUGCAGUUUGUAGCUUCCUCCCUAGUCCCUCCAACAUCUGCAUGCAAAGACCACUAGGAGGCUGCCGCCCUCCUUCCCGCCCUCGGCACCCUCCUCUGUUGUCUGCCUGGGAGCCCCAGGGUCUCCAGGCCCCCACUUACAACUGACCAAAGUGGCCUCCUCUGGGGGUCCCCGCCACACAAGUGUUUGUAAACUGGACUGUUCUGAGGUUCAGGUUCCAGGGCUGGGCCCUGGGGGGGCCCCCUGGAAGUCCCAUUUGGACACUGGAACGGAGCAGGGAAGGCUCUGGAAGUCUGUUCCUCCUCCUCACCUUCUCCCCACCCCCAGACCUGGCCGCCUUGGACAAUCUGCUGGGACAGAACCUGGGUUUUCUGUCUGGGUCGCCCCUCCCAAUCCUGGGGAUUGGAGAGGCCUGGGGCCACGGGACGCCCCGUUUACCCUUCCCCAUCCCCUUUGGUGGGGGUAGGGUCUGGUGGCACCUCUGCAAUAAUGUUUGUGUUUCUCUCUCACCUGCCACUGGAACUGGAGAAUGCACUUUAUUCUGGGGCAUGAGUAGGAGAAGACCAAGCUUCCUUUCUUGCUUCUCCUACCCGGUCCUGCAAAACUCCCUCCCCUCCCCAGAGUUAACGGGCGCAUACAUGCAAACAGGCAAUCUCAGACCUGUACACACUCGCUGUCCGCCGUGGCUCCGAGGAGCGAUGGUGGCAGUGGUGGCGGUGGGAGCUGCGGGAAGGGCGGUGCCGGCCUCCUCCUGGGCAUGCCGCUUGGACUGUAAGGUUGAGGCUGGUGCUGCCCGGGGUGUCUCCAGGAUCUGCAGGUGUCUACCCCCGAGUCUUCCUUCCCCUCCAAGUCAGGGGCGGCACAAGGCACUAUCUGUCUGGAGUUCAGGAGCCAACACAAGCACAAGCACGGGCAUCAGUUGGCCUUGGCCGCCUGCCACCCCAUGCCCCCUCUCUUGUGCGUCAGGCUGGUAUUCUCACUCUCUUACCCCUUCCCCAGCCGCUUGCUGCUCAUUCAAACUCCCGUCUGGGUCUCUCCACACCCUUCCCAUCAGCCAAGGCGGCCCCUGGGCACCAGAGCGACAGACACAGAACAUGUCUGGCCGUUGUGGUAGGUCCAAGGCUCAUGCCGCUUCUGAUUUCCCCUUCCCCCAGGGCUCUUUCCCGCCCCCCUGAUUUCUGUACACAUACCACUCUUCCUUCUCUUGUCCUGCCACGGAUUCCCGCCAUCACCCAGAGAUGCCAGUUGUAUUUGUGGGGUUUCACCCAUUAUUAAUAAAACCUAUAUUUAUACAGUA